CUCUUUACAGAAAGAAAAAGAGACGCGAACCCUGAUGCAAUAGUCAUUUUUUUUUUCAUUAUUAUUACUAUUCACGCCCACCUAAUCAUAGACACGAAAUGAACAAAGAGCGAAAACUCGGAUGUGAAAACGAUAAUUGAGAAAUUGAGGCUACUUAUUUUUAGCACGGUUUAGUGAAUGAAAGUUGGCGAAAUGCAAGUCAUCACCUAAGCGUCAUCUCAAUUAUUUGUUAUUGAGUGUGCUUUGUUUGUGUGUAUGAGUGUGCACGACAGCAAAUCCGACUACACUUCCUCCAGUUGAGUGCGAGCCGUUAUCACGGACUUCCUACUUUGCACUUCAACCACAUUUUAUUGUCUUUUUUCUUUCAAAAUAUUCCGUUUCUCAAUGUCGCCCACUUACUUUCCACUAAACUCAUUAUUCAUUGCAGUACACAUGUAUCUGCGCACUCGAUCAAUUCACAAUAUCAAAUUCGUCUUCUUUCGCCUGAGAAAGUGAACAAUGCGCUACAAAUACUUUUCUUGUCAUUUUCACUGGAACUUUUUCAAAUCAACCGAUUCAACUCUUCGAAAUUAGCAUUCUUUCGAGAGGAAAUUGCCAAACAGAAGUAUUUUUUUUUUUUUUUACAAGGAAUCCUUUUAUAAAGCAGGUUUUGCAUGGGGAUGAGUCGAGGAAAAUUUUGCGAGAUCCAUUGAACUUGCAAAUGGAUUAAUUAAUUAUGAUCCGAACAUAUGGAAAAUUAAAUGAGCGCUUGCAAAUGGGUGUGUGUGUGUGCGUUUCGAAAAGUUCAACAUGCGACUGAACAAUGUUAACAGUAACAUUAUGAAAAAUAAAUCAAAAUUCAAAUUGUGAAAAUGCGUCAACAUGAUGAAAGCCUUUUGGACAGAUACACACAGCUGAUGUGGGCGAUUAAUUAAGACAUCUAUCUACUGUUGCGCAAAUCUCUGGGGUCAAUCAACCGGCUUACAUAAUUUUUUCUUCUCAUUUCUAGUUUAGAAUGUCAAAACAAUGAUUAUUAUAUGCAAUUCAAAAUGUAAUAUUUUGGAGAAAAAAAAAACGAUUUAAAACUGAUAAAAUGUGUUCAAGUAAAUCGAAUGGAACGCGAAAAAAGACUGUCAAAAACAUAGAGCAAUUUUCCGACAGUCGUUUUUUUUUUCUCAAGAAAAAUUACAACGUAGCGAAAAAAAUACGUGGUUCGAAUACUUGAAUUAGAUCUUUUUAACAUUAUCAACGGAAAUCAUUUGGCACCUUUCGCAGCGGAAAACACCUUUUCGAUAUACUAUUUGACCUAGUGAGCGGAUUUAGUUACAGUUAUCUUUAGUUUCGAUCGGAUUUCGGUGCAAAAUGAAGCGAAUAAUUGGCGGAAUAGUAAGGCCGCAACGGCAGCUUUCCACCAAUGUAAAUAGAAGCGAAAAACAAGCGCUGUGCCCAAAGUGUGAAUUUAAGCGUGGACCAUAAACGAACGAAGAAUGCUAAGAACACCCAUCAAAAGGCUAAGAAAAAGAAUGAAAAAUCCAUUCGAGCAAAUGUAGAGCGAAUUCUUUGGUAAAAUCGGACUACGUUCGGUUUAAAAAUACGCGAAAAAUUCUUGGGAAAAUGGUUUGUCUUCGUUUAUUUUCCUUUUGGAUGAAAGAAGAAUGAAUAUACAGGCAGCUGCACAUUUGUCAGUCAAGCUACUGAAUUUCAAUCACGAACGCGAUCAAAUUCUCUGUCAUUUUCGAAGAAACGAUGUUGCGAAGAAAGAGAAAAAAAAAACGGUGUGAAAAUGAUCACACGGAGCAAAAAGAGAAAUACAAUCAAGCCAUGCCAGUAUAAAGGAAAAACAUAUACACACGGCAAUUGUACGGCGCACGCUCUGCGAACUAUACCGUUGAGUGGACUUUAUUCUGUUCAAGAAAAUUUGAAUAUGAAACUUACACUCACCGAUCUCUAACAAAUGCACACACGGAAACUCAUCUACGUCGUCGUUUCGGUAUUGUCGUGCGCACCGAUUUUCGUUCGGCUAUUCCGAAUAUUCUGCUCAGAAUUUUUCACAGUUUGUCUGUUUUUGUUGGUUCGCGGAUGCGGCGGCGGUGGCGAAACAGUGUGACAAUAUAUAUAUUUUUUACGCAACGCGAUAGAUCGAUUUCGGAAUCGUGAGAAAUGAAUGACAGUUUUUUUUUUUCGUGUGUGUCGUGUGAAAGUGCGAAUACCGCGAAGAAAGUGAGCAUGAGUCGCUCACGGUGUAUAUACACAUUCGAAUUGUGUGUUAAUUAGUCAGCAGUCUUAAUCAGCCGAACAACCAACACAAAAAGGAACUUUUUCGGUUUUCUCGCGAGACAAAAAGCAAUCGACGAAAAGAAAUCAGUGAAACGGGUUCGAAUUCCGUGAUACAGCCCAAACGGAGAGAGCAAAAAGUAAAAAAAAAACAAACAAACAAACAUACAGUUCGAUGAUUAGAGUUAGAGAAAAUUCAAUCAGCUGAUUCGUUAAGCAGUUCGAUAGAACAAACAAUCAAUUAUUUCUGAUAGAUUGAAUUGAUGUAGCUUAAAUACAAGAUUUAUUCAGUCAACGUAAUUCGAUCGGGUGAGUGUCAGUGCGGGAGUUUGUUGAUUGUUUUUUUUUUCGGCGAAUCGGAUUUGGUUAUUGACAUCAAUUUGCUAAAUGUGUUGAAAGAUUCAAAAGCUUUCAUAACAAAAAAAGUGAACAAAUAAGGAAAAUAUUUUUCAUUGAAUCGAACUCAUGUACAAAGCACACAGAGGGAGAGGGAGGGAACAUCGAGAUAGAAAACAAUGUGCCAGUUGGAAAUUGUUUAAUCAGUGUAUUGCUAUUUACAUUUUUCAUCUACGCAGUGUUUAUUAAAUGAUUGUAUUGUUUUUGUGCGUGGAGUGCAUUUCAAAGUAAAUUAAGAUGAUGAAGAAAACAAACGCAAAUUAUCUCAACAACGAACAGCCGAAAUAAAUAAAUACGAACUUUGUGUUAUAGGCUUUAAGGAGGUGGACAACAACGGCAUAUCAAAAAAAACGGAAAGUUUUUCGAAGACAAAAUUCAAGACAUCGACCAUAAAACCUCAAUUGAAAAGGACUUCAAUUGUUUUUUUUAACUGAAAAAGUGGAGGAAUUACCGUGAAAAAACGAAACUGGAGAUCGCACAAUGGCUACAAAACUCGUGAACGCAAAUUGGAACGAAGUAAAUGACAAAAAUCCAGACGGUGGGGCUCGAAGGUCGUUACAAAGAUCUGCGACACUUCCAGCAAAUCCACGUAAUAAUCCGAUUUUAAGGCAUCAUCAACGUUACCAUCAGGACGAACCAAACCCACAAAUUCCAAUAAUCGUUCAACAACCAACACAUUAUCCGCCGCAAUUGCAACAAAAGGUACGCAUUCGUGUGCGUUCAACAUCCACCGAUAAAGCCGGCGAAAUUAAUAACAAUCAAAAUCAUAAUCACUCAAAAAUGGCGACCGAAGAUUUAUUACAGCCUGGACACGUUGUCAAGGAGCGCUGGAAGGUGGUCCGAAAAAUUGGCGGCGGCGGUUUUGGCGAGAUUUACGAGGGUCAAGACUUAAUUACACGCGAACAAGUUGCAUUGAAAGUCGAGUCAGCUCGUCAGCCAAAGCAAGUGUUGAAAAUGGAAGUGGCUGUUCUUAAAAAACUACAAGGAAAACAGCAUGUAUGCCGAUUCAUAGGCUGUGGACGAAACGAUCGUUUUAACUAUGUGGUAAUGCAACUGCAAGGAAAGAAUUUGGCCGAACUGCGACGGGCGCAGCCACGAGGAGCGUUUUCACUGAGCACGACAUUACGUUUAGGUUUACAAAUUUUGAAAGCAAUCGAAUCUAUACAUUCGGUGGGAUUUUUGCACAGAGACAUCAAACCAAGUAACUUUUCGAUUGGUCGCCUUCCAUACAACUGUAGACUUGUAUAUAUGUUAGAUUUUGGCUUGGCACGUCAAUAUACAACUGGAACGGGUGAAGUGCGUUGUCCCCGUGCGGCAGCUGGUUUCCGAGGCACCGUACGAUAUGCUUCAAUCAAUGCACAUCGCAAUCGAGAGAUGGGCCGUCACGAUGAUCUCUGGUCAUUAUUUUAUAUGCUAGUUGAAUUUGUUAAUGGUCAACUGCCAUGGCGUAAAAUAAAAGACAAAGAACAGGUUGGUUUGAUGAAAGAGAAAUACGACCACAAGCUAUUGCUAAAGCAUUUACCAUCUGAUUUAACAAAAUUUCUGGAGCAUAUACAAUCGCUCAGCUAUGCAGAUAAGCCAGACUAUGGGAUGCUUUCAACUCUGUUCGAACGAUGUAUGAAAAGACGCGGUGUCAAAGAAACCGAUCCGUACGAUUGGGAGAAGCUGGAGGGUGGCGUACAUUCAGUCAGCAAUAUAAGUAGCCAAAAUAAUAUGCCAAGCAAUAUACAAAGCCAUAUUCAAGUGAAAACUGAUCAAAUACAUGGCGGAGCAUGUAUGAAUAGUACGGGUGUAAUUGGUGUCAUUGCUACUGGCAAUGCAACUACAAUAGGCGCUACAAAUGCCAGCGGCAUAGAAUAUAUGCAGGUAGACAAAAAUUGCAAUGCAACGGUCACUGCGCCAAAUAAUCAGAUAACAACAGCACGAGCCGGAAAUUUGAUCCCUUUAAAUGAAGAUACUCCAUCGCAACAGCAAGCAGCGCUCAAGCCGAAGCAAAAUCCACAACAAGCAGCCACGGAAAACGAUCAAAAUACGGCGGCCAUUGGUGCAACAUCACAAUCACCGAUUGGCUCAGCAAAUCCGCAGCAAUCACAAAACUCACUGAAUAAUUCACAACAAAACCAAACACAGCAACAGCGUGAAAAUCGUCCCUGUCAGCAGCAGGUGCAAAAAAUUGCCAGUGAAUCUAUGAUUCCAACGUAUCGGUCUGGCACUGAUUCAAUGCACAGAACCAAUCAAAGCGGCCCAAAUCCAAAGCAACAGCAACAACAACAGAACAAUAGCAGCAGCUUUUCGGCAAAUGCACCCAAAGCGGAUGGCAAAAAUCCGGUAAAUAAUGAAUCUAAUCAAAAUCAAAAUCAAUGUAAUAGCCCAGUAAAGCGUCGAUCCAUCUCCCAAAUUGAUGAGAAAACAACGUAUGGUAGACUUCGUGUUCUGACCGCACCGCCAACGAUAACAACAGCAAUAGCUGCUGCAAGUGCAACGGGUUCCGAAACUACAUCGCCACGCGAUGCUGAAGCCUUACCAUUUUUAUUCUCAGCUGACGGUCAUUGCAGUCGGCGAAAUAUUGGUAGCGCUGGCAGUGCAACGGGUGGAUCAUCUGGUGCUAAUAGAAGAUCAAAUUUGCGAACAUCGUCCGGAUGCGGAUCUAGUCAACGCCUGAGCGGCGGCAACCGCGAUCACUCGGUCACACAAUUUGCUGUGAUUGAUGAUGAAAACGUUUCAGCAUUGCAACAAGUUACCAGAGGUGGUGGUGCCCUUACGUUAGCAUCACAAUGGAAGAGUCAAUUUGAUGACUCCGAAGAAACAACAGACAACGAAUGGAAACAAGAACCUCAGAGUCCUGAUCAUCGUGAUAAAAGCCAUAUUACUUCGCAGGCACAGCAAGUGCAAAAUAGUAAGACCACCAAACGACGUGACUUCAAACGGAAAAGAUCUCAUUUGAAUAUAGCUGGUAUAGAGAACUACUCAAAUUUGCAAGAUAUUCUGCCAUUGUGUUGGUCGACGCCAUCUUUGGGCAAUGCCAUACGGCAUGACUUGGAGCCACCAUUAGUGCAGCAGGCUGCAUUUGAUGAUACCAUCUUCCGCAUGGAUAUAAUUCGAAAUGUUGGUAUACGUGAGCCGGUACCGCAAGGUUCGAGUAAAAUAACCGAUACCGAUAUCAAUUCGUUGGCAAUGAAAUUAGCCGAUGCAAAAUUGAAUCGGAAUAGUCUACCAAAUAUCCUAUUUAAAGAGUCGGAUUCACAGCGGAUAGCAAAUGGGAAUGGGACACCAUCGGCAAAAACGGCAAUAUCGACCAAAAUGAGUGUGCAACCAGAGGUGAAUGUCCAUUCACAACUGAAGCCCAAGGACGAUGGUGCCGGCGGCAGCGGAGGUGGUGACGAUGAAGAAGAGUGUGCGAUUAGUGGCCGUUUGGAAAUCCGGGUCAUUCAACAGAAUCAAGAGCCGAAUAAAAAUAGUCCGAAUCGUGAGGAGUCGAUUUAUUUUGAUGCCGAAAUCAACGGGCAAAAUGCUGACGAAGCAAAGGUUCUGCGAAAAUUAGUCAAUAAAAUUUAUACGACGCACGCUACUGAACGUAACACAGAGACCGUUGAUGCCAAUUGUGAGCUGACAACCGAUGAGACAGCAUUCUUUUCGGCCGCAACCACGGCACGACUGCAAGAUGAUGCACAAAAAUCGUCCGACGUGGCACGAUUGAAUCUGGAUAACAGCAAUCCAAACAGCGCCGAUGGUGAAAAUCGAUUAGCCGGCAACGGUACGGGUUUAAUUGCAACCACCAUCGCUUUAACCGACAUUUCAUCCACCAACGAUGACAAUGCGGCCGAUAGCUUCGUCACGGCCGGCAAUACGCUGGCUAAACUUUCAAAUGUGAUAGAACCAACAACCAACACAAUGGUAACGACAACAGCCAAACCGUUAACUAAUCAAUCGGAUGGAGCUCCAGUUAAUCAAAUCAAUGACAAGAAAGACACCACCAAUAGCACACUAAAUAAUAGCAGCCAUAGUAAGAUUCCCGUAUUAAAUCCCACUGCACGAUCCACGAAAUGCGCUUCAUGGGCAGGCAAUGACCUUCCAAUAACCCCGGAUAUGAAUGAUUUGACACCAGGUUUGAGACGUCGCCGUCAGAACACAGAUAAAUAUGUAACCGAUCCAUCACAGCUAAAUCUUCGCUUUUACCGAUCAAAAACACGCGGCAUUAUGCGAAGCAGAGGUGUUCCAUCACAUUUACUUGGAUCCGGCCACUUUGAUGAUAAUUCAUCGGACAACAGUACCGACGGAAGAGGUUCGGAUUCAAAGCAGCAAAUUGAAAACGGCGAUGAAUCGAUUGAUUAUGUCAGUGAUGCUGGCAAUAAUAAUGCAUUUGAGGUUGGCGUUGACGCAAUCGAAGGCAAUGAUAAUGAUGACGAUGUAAUUUCAAAGCCAAGUGAAAUCAAUCAGGAUAUUUUGCCACCGCCCGGCGAACCGCGACCAGAAAAUACGGCAAGAAUACGACGGUAUCGUUUAAAUCUAGAAUAAAAACCAACAACAAAACGAGGAAGAAAAAAAAACAUUUUGGGUGAUGGUCAAAAAAUUGCAUCGAGAAUAAACCAUUUGUGAUAGACGGAAAAAGAAA